GACAGUGAUUAUAUAUAAAUGAGAAUUAAAUACUGAUUAAAUAAAAAUGAUAAUAAUCGGUCGUUGAAAAGUUUUCCUCGUUCGUCAUCAUACAUUUUAUCAAAAUCUACAGGUGUUCUAUAAUCAAAUCUAUUUCUUUGUUCGAUAGGUAUCUUUGCUCACAUUGUCAGAGGUUUCCGCAACUCACCAGGUGGUUAAUGAAACCCGACCCUGGUAAAGUAAAGCCCCUCAUAUUCGCUAAACGGGAGUUUCCGCACCACCGAUGGGAACCUCUGUUCAUAGGUACCAAAACCGACCCUUUUUACGCCGAAGAAAUGUCCUGGGAGGGGAAGCAGGACAAAAUGAGUCAGAUGUUCGAGAUGUGUCUCUUGAACUAUCGGCUGAUAAUUCUAGAUGGUGCCUUUCUAGUCCACACGCCCGGUAUAAAACGUAAGGCAGUGAAAACCGAUAGGAGAAGACAAGAUUUUUUCAAGAUUCACGAGAAGAAAAACGCUCGGAUUUAUCAGCGUACAAUAAAGCAAUUAUUGAAACGGUAUCCUGCCAACCGCAGAUGCGCUCCGUAAUAUUUUUUCACCGUGCGUGUAUCGGAAUCGUUGUUACUAUCAUGUAAUUUUAUUUUUGAUUGUUCAAUCGAAUAAAUCGUAUACAAUUUUU